GUGGGCAAGAUCUCAGGAUGUGCAUACAAUUCUUGUUUAGCGUCUUGAAAAUUUACUACCUGAGAUACACUUGGACCUUGAUACCAAAUUUUAGCUAUUUCUAACCAGUUUCAAAAAUAAAUAGUUGUAGGUCCCCCUCUGGUGAGCAGGAGGAGGUUAAUUUCUUGGCAAUGAUUUUAAUGCCCCUUGGAAAUUCAAUUCCGAGUAGAAAUGUUGCAAUAUCCCACGAGUACUCCCAAGAGCAUCGAAUUUUGUUAUUGACAAGUUGGGAAGGUUCCUCCCAAGUAGUAGUCCCAAGUAUGUAGUUUUCGAUUAGCAUGAGUUAUCGAUUAGCAUCUUGAAGUAAGAAUUAAAAGACGUUAAUAUCAUCGGUGCGUUGUCAUUUAUACACCGAGUGGUCGCUAUUGAGUCAUCAAGGAACCGCAAAACUCAAACUAGUCAUCUGCUGUUUAAACUCAAAUGAAAAUUGAUUUGUACUUCAUAAUUUGAAUUUAUAAAUUAUAAUACGAGACCUGAGCUGACCUAUUUUAAUCAUGGCUGGGGCUGCUCUACGACGGCUAAUGGCAGAAUAUAAACAGUUAACCUUGAAUCCACCUGAAGGAAUUUUGGCUGGACCGGUGGACGAAGAAAACUUUUUUGAAUGGGAGGCAUUGAUAUCUGGUCCAGAAAGUACCUGCUUCGACGGAGGCGUUUUUCCAGCUAAACUUGUGUUUCCGCCCGACUACCCCUUGAGUCCACCAAAAAUGAAGUUUUCAUGUGACAUGUUCCACCCAAAUGUUUACCCAGAUGGUCGAGUUUGUAUUUCAAUUCUUCACGCCCCUGGAGAUGACCCAACAGGAUAUGAGAGUCGUUCGGAACGGUGGAGCCCAGUUCAAAGUGUGGAAAAAAUUUUACUAUCGGUUGUGAGUUUGUUGGCAGAACCAAAUGAUGAAAGCCCGGCUUGUGUCGAUGCAGCAAAAAUGUGGAGAGAAAACAAACCAGAAUUUGAACGCCGAGCAGUCCGUCUUGUUCGCUACACCUUAGGCCUUCCACCACCAUGAAUGAAGCAAGACGCGAAUCAGAAUUACAUUAUACAGGACUCUUAUUAAUUCGAAAGCAAGACGCAGAGAAAUCAGAUCAAUUUCUUGUCGAAAAUCGUUUAUUUUUAAGUGAACUAUGGAACUAUUAUUUCAUUCCGUUCGCAGCACAAUUCCUGACUGUGUUGUUGAAUAGUACAUCCGAUUUUCUACAAUAACAACUAUUUUCUAAGUACAUUAAUACAUAAUAUAAUAUCACCUCUAUAGAUAGAUACAUCAUCGGGCUAAGGUUAUGAGUUCGAUUGGUUAUCUAAUAAUAGUAUUAUAUGUGUCGUGUGUGUAUUCAAACGGAAGACAACAUAGAAGAUUGAAAUAAUAAUAAAUACAAAUAAUGAUAGCAGUAAUAAAUUAAAUAAACCUUCAGUAGUG